AUGAAGCUAUGGAGGAAAGCUGCCGGUGCCGUGAAGGACCAGAACAGCAUCCUCCUAGCAAGCUUCCUGACCCCUCGGAGCUCUUCCCGGGACGGCAGCCUGGAGGCGGCGAUCAUCAAGGCCACCAGCCACGACGGCGACAGCGUCGACUACCGCAACGCGCAGCGCGUGUUCGAGUGGAUAAGGACGUCGCCGGUGAGCCUGAAGCCGCUGGUAUGGGGACUCAGCGUGAGGAUGGAGAGGACGCAGAGUUGGGUCGUGGCUUUAAAGGGUCUCAUGUUGAUGCAUGGAAUAUUUUGUUGUAACACGCCGGCGGUUCACCGGAUCGGCCGGUUGCCGUUCGAUCUGUCCGGUUUCGCCGACGGGCAUUCCCAUCCGACGAAGGUGUGGGGGUACAACACGUUUGUUAGGUCCUACUUCACGUUCUUGGAUCGGAGAUCCUCCCUCUUGUAUCCCACAUUCAGCACAAACCACAAGUGCAGAAGGAUGUCGUCCAAAAAAACGGCCAUGACUACUCCUCCUCCUGGAGCUACCGACGAGGACAAUUACCAUGAUGAUCAUGGUGUCAUGAUGAUGAUCACAAAGGUGGAACUGUGGCAAGAGAUCCAGAAGCUGCAGAAGUGGCAGAAACUGCUGGACCUUCUCCUCCAAAUCAAGCCACUAGCCGACAACAUGAAGCGAAACGCUCUGAUAAUGGAAGCCAUGGACUGCGUCAUCGUCGAGAUCUUCGACCUCUACAGCAACAUCUGCAGCGGGGUUUCUCGGGUCCUGAUGGAGGUCCACUUGGCCGGAAAGGCCGAGUCCACCAUGGCCCUUCGGCUGCUUCAGAAGGCCAGGGUUCAGGGCAAGAACCUGGUUCUCUACUUCGAGUUCUGCCGCGCCUUCGGAGUUUUCAGCGCCAUGGAGGUCCCCAAGGUGACUCCAAUCCCAGAGGAAGACAUCAAGGUGUUGGAACACAUGGCGAGUGGCGUUUCAGAGCUGGAAGAGAUGGUGGCAAAGAAAGGAGGGGAUUACUACAAAGCUACCUCCGACGCCGGCGCCGGAGUCCCGUGUCACGAAAAGCGCUAUAAAAAAGCUGCAAUGGGAGAUGAUGAUGGUGAAGUGAAGAAGAACGUGAGCAAUAUUACUGCUAGUGGGAGGUUGCAGACGGUGAUAACGGACGAAUGGGAGGUGUUUGAUGAUGAUAAUGAUCGAGAUUCCGUCGGUACUUACGGUGAUUUGUUAUCGAUAUGUGAUGUUGUGUCGUCGCCGCCGACGAACCCAUUUGAGAUGCCGGACGAUCAGCUGAUGGAUCUGCUAUCGACUCUGCCCACGCCUAUUCAUGAACAACACCAGCUUCAAGUGUAUAAACAAGAUGAGCUUCCUGAUUUGAUUAGUUUCUGA